AUGUCAGUUUACAAAUGUCCGUACUUGGCUCAAUUGACCUUACAACAAGUCCGAGCAUCAGCACCGUAUAUUCUCAAUACAGGUGCUGCUUCGUGUCCAAUUUUUGGACAAUUGGCACGACAAAUGUCGACAACAACAACGAAUACGGCAACAUCGAUGAAGGUUUCAUCGCCUCCUCCGAGUUUCGACGAGAUCAAAGCCGCUCAUGAGAAAAUUGCCGAACGAAAACGAAUAUCGAAAAUCAAAUUACCAACAACAUUGAAUUCUUACAAUGGAAUUAUCAUCUCUACCGAAUGUACGGAUCUUUCGUGUCCGUUUUUGAAGACAACACCUAUUGCUCUUCGUCGAGUAAAUAUGGAUCAAGAUACAAUUGAAGUGAACGGCAAACUAGGAAAACCAAUCCGACCAAUGAUGGAUACCAAGAAUUUGUUUGAAUACAAUACAUUCUUUGACGAGAAGAUCCAGGCGAAAAAACGCGAUAAUUCCUAUCGAAUUUUCAAGUGCGUUCAACGAAGAAGUGGUUUAUUUCCACAAGCUGAAGAGAAGAAGCAUCUUGAUGAAGAUCGUGAUUCUCGUACGAUGACAGUAUGGUGCAGCAACGAUUACUUAGGUUUAAGUCAACAUCCCGAACUGAAGAAAGCUGUCAUUAAUGCAGUUACUGCACAUGGUUCUGGUUCCGGUGGCACACGGAAUAUAUCAGGAACGAGUCCAUUGCACGAAAAACUCGAACAACAGUUAGCUCGUCUCCAUCAAAAGGAAUCAGCUCUGUUAUUUACUUCUUGUUAUGUGGCUAAUGAUACGACACUGUAUACAUUAGCAAAAGGCUUACCGAACUGUCACAUCCUGUCGGAUAGCGGAAAUCAUGCAUCAAUGAUCCAAGGUAUACGGAAUAGUCAAGUGCCAAAGCAUAUUUUUCGACAUAAUGAUGUCGAACAUUUGGAAGAAUUAUUGAAAAAAAUUCCACGACAUAUACCGAAGAUUGUCGCCUUCGAAACAGUUCACUCAAUGGAUGGUUCAAUUUGUAAUUUGGAAGCCAUGCUAGAUGUUGCUCGUGCAUAUGGUUCCAUUACAUUCAUUGAUGAAGUACACGCUGUUGGUUUAUAUGGUGAUAAUGGCGCAGGCAUCGGUGAGCGUGAUCAUCUGCUUCAUAAAAUGGAUAUCAUCUCUGGUACACUUGGUAAAGCAUUUGGGAGCAUUGGCGGUUAUAUAGCUGGCAGUGCGAAAAUGACCGAUUUCAUUCGCAGUUAUGGUUCAGGUUUCAUUUUCACAACAUCAAUGCCGCCUACAGUUUUAGCUAGCGCCUUAGCUGCAAUUAAGAUUUCUAUGAGUGACGAAGGUCGCACACUACGACGUAAGCAACAAGAAAAUGUCCGUGAAUUACGAUCGAAAUUAAUCGAUGCUGGUCUCCCAGUAAUGAUGUCACCCAGCCACAUCAUUCCAAUUCACGUGGGCAAUGCUGCACUUGCUACACUUUUGUGCAACCAUUUGCUCGAUCGACACUCAAUCUACAUUCAAUCGAUUAAUUAUCCAACUGUUGAACGUGGAACUGAACGUUUACGUAUUGCCGCGACACCGUAUCACACCAGUGAAAUGAUUGAUCAAUUAGUCGAAGCAUUGACACAGGUUUGGAAGGAUGUUGGUCUUAGUUUAAAAGACAUUGAACAGCAAUCUGGCAUCGUGCGACAUCACAAUUAA